AUGACGAGCGGUAAAAACUUCAUAUCGGUGUUCAGUAUUAAAUUGGCUGUCAACAUAAUGCGGUCUGCUGUUUUAUUGAUUUUUCUACAUCUCGUCUCUAUUAGAGGCCAUGAUAUAUCGAAGCGAGCUCUCAUCUUUCCACCGACCAGUUUGUUCGGGACUUUCGUCGCAAUUUCCGUGCCGAUCGACAUCCCGGACAAGAACGUGUUCGUCUCUUACAACUUCGAGUCCAAUUACAGCGUGCUGUCCAACAUCACGCAGAUUGAUGAAGUCCUCUUUCCGAACUUACCGAUAAUUUCUACCCGUCAAGCCCGCAGUAUAACCAGAGAAUUAGCAUACACCGUUUUGGAGACGAAAUUUGAGGAACACGGCAUGAACGGUAGAGAGUGUAUGCUAAGGAACAUCUGCGAAGCCGCCGAGACGCCGCUCUACCACAAUGGUCUGGUUGGACACAUCAUGCAUGUUAUCUUUACCCCAUCAGCGUCUAAAGAAGAAGGCCUAGACGAUGCAUACUACGAGGCAGAAGCAUCUGGUACCAAUGGAGACUGUUCCAAAUACUUACAAGACUGCCCAAUGAGUUUAUUCGAUCUUAUAACUGUUCUAGUUGAGAAGAAUUGA